AUGGUCACCCUCACUGUUGCCCUGAAGGCGAAUACUGCCCUCACCAUCCCUGUGUUUUCAGCCGGCGCAUACGCCGCUCAUCACGGAAUUCAAGUGGACAAUGUGUUCGAGAAUACAAGCAGUGUGGGCUCCACCAAAAGUACCGUGGAACUUGUCACAGACAGUGGCGACAAGCUGGCCGACGCCGCGAUUCCUCGCUUUUUUCUUGAUCUUCUAAGUUCCGCUGGCCGGGUUCAGGGGAAGCAAAGCGAGAUAGAAGAAUGGCUCAACCGCCUCCAUCCGUUUACCGUCCUUGACUUUAAGGCUUUGGAAAUUCCCGUGAAGGAACUCGAGUCGCAUCUCACACUGCGGUCCCAUAUGGCUGGCUAUUCCAUUACGCUAGCUGAUAUUGUCAUCUGGGGUGUGCUGCGGGGCAACCGUGUUAUUGUCGGCCUGCGACGAAACAACCAGAAUGCCAACCGGUGGUUCAAAUUCAUCGAGAGCACAUACCCUUGGUUGCCUGAAGCUGUAGCAGAUUUUCAAGGCCAAGCACAGCAGAACAAAGCUGCUGCCAACCCAACCGGGGCCAAUUAUAAUAUUGGCCUCAAAAACACGGAGAAUGGAAUCGUUUGUCGUUUCCCUCCGGAACCAUCUGGGUAUCUACACAUUGGCCACGCCAAGGCUGCCCUUCUGAAUGACUAUUUUGCACACGAGUACGGAGACAGAUGUGGCGUCCUCAUUUGUCGCUUCGACGAUACGAACCCGUCCAAAGAAUCCCAGGAAUUUCAAGACUCGAUUCUGUACGACCUUUCGCUUCUUGGUGUCACCCCCGACCGCAUCACUUACUCGAGUAAUUAUUUCCAGCAAAUGUACGAGGCCUGCAUUGGGCUGAUCAAGUCCGGCAAGGCCUAUGCUGAUAAUACCACCAAAGAAGUGAUGCAAGACCAACGGAUGAAGGGAAUUGUCAGUGCGUGCCGUGAUAUGAGUGUUGAUGAAACUCUUGCUCAUUUCGAGGAGAUGAAGUCCGGCUCCCAGGAUGGACUUCAGUGGUGUAUCCGGGCCAAGAUAUCUGUUGAUGAUGUUAAUAAGGCUCUGAGAGACCCGGUCAUAUACCGUUGCAACCAUCAACCGCACCACAGAACGGGGACCACCUGGAAGAUAUACCCUACUUACGACUUUUGUGCUCCUUUCCUUGACUCUUUGGAGCAAGUGACGCAUGCCCUCCGUACAAACGAGUACCGCGACCGCAACCCACAGUACUACUGGAUUCAGAAUGCCCUUGACAUCCGAAAGGUUGACAUAUGGGACUUCUCUCGGCUGAACUUUAUCCGAACUGUCCUGUCAAAACGCAAGCUUACAAAAAUUGUUGAUGAAAAUGUUGUUUGGGGGUGGGAUGACCCACGCAUGCCUACUGUUCGAGGUAUCCGCCGCAGAGGCUGCACUAUUCCGGCACUUCGAGAGUUUAUAUUGAAACAAGGUCCCAGUCAAAACAUUGUCAACAUGGACUGGACCCAAUUCUGGGCUGUCAACAAGAAAUACAUUGAUCCCGUCGCCGCUCGCUACACUGCAAUUCCAAAGCUCGAUGCCGUAACUGGUUUUGUCAGUGGCAUUGAAGAAGCAGCCGCUGUAGAGAAACCGAAACACAAGAACCCGGCUCUAGGGACCAAGAAGGUCAUCUACGGCAAGGAGGUCCUCAUCAGCCAGGACGAUGCUCGCCUCUUCAAAGAUAACGAAGUCAUUACCCUCAUGAAUUGGGGGAACGCUAUUGUUUCGAAAAUCACCGCAGAUCCACAAACUGGAAAGGUAACGGCUCUCCAACUCAAGCUCGACCUACAAUCGGACCCCAAGAAAACGGAGAAGAAGGUUACCUGGCUCGCUAAAGAUCCCGCAAACAUGAUAUCGGUUGAUUUGUACGCUUUUGAGCACCUAGUUACCAAGGAUAAGAUUGAGAAGGACGACGAAAUCAGUCAAUACCUAACGAAGCCAAGCGAGUCCCAUACCGAAGUCUGGGCAGACUGCAAUGUUUCGAAACUAUCCACCGAUGACAUUAUCCAAUUCGAUCGUACAGGAUAUUUCCGCGUUGACAAAGCCUGUAGUGAGGGCCAUGCGGCUGUCAUGUUCAACAUUCCUACCGGCAAAGGUGCUUAG